GAUUCAUCUGAGCGAAUCCACUCUAGUCUUAGAGAUAACCCCAAGUUAAAAAUGGCAUUCGCUGGACUUCUGAGUGACGCUGACAUCACUGCAGCCCUCGCGGCUUGCCAAGCUGCUGACUCUUUCAAGUACAAGGACUUCUUCGCUAAGGUCGGCCUGGCUGCCAAGAGUGCCGAUGACAUCAAGAAGGCUUUCGCCGUCAUUGACCAGGACAAGAGUGGCUUCAUUGAGGAGGAUGAGCUGAAGCUGUUCCUGCAGAACUUCUCUGCCUCCGCCAGAGCUCUGACCGACGCUGAGACCAAAGCGUUUCUUCAGGCCGGUGACUCUGAUGGCGACGGCAAGAUCGGAGUUGAUGAGUUUGCUGCCUUGGUCAAGGGUUAAAGGAAUAAGCUGACCAAUAUCUUACUUCACUACUCUAAAGGAACAACUUGAGCCAAGACAUACUCCUCCUCUCUUCCCUCUCACUUUCUCUCUCUCUUCAACUCUCCACACCACUUUUAUACACUUGACCUUUCACCCCUCCCUUCGACCGUAGACAAACUUCUCUCUCUCUUUCUCUCUGGCCGUGCUCACCCCUUUGCUGCCCACGAUGAAUGUACCUGACUAAGUGUAUAGCGUGGUUGACUUGUGUCUUUCUCUCUCUCUCUCUCUCUCACUUCUGUCGUCGUUUUACUAUGUGAGUUUUGCUUACCGUGAGAUCAGAUGAUGCACUUUUAUGGGAAACGGAC